AUCUCCCUUUGCUCCCACCCCACUGAGUCUUCUGACCCCCACAUUCCAAUGGGGAGAAUUUCCUCCUCUGCUACUUCCAGCCUUCGCAAAGGAAAUAUUGUUUUUGGCACGAUUUUCUUUUAAGGGAUACAAUUCUUUUUAAUUGAUUAAAAGAAAAACAACAACAACAACAACAACCCUCUACUUAGAUCUGGGGAGCUUCGAAACGGGGAGGGGGGGGAGUCUUCUCUCUCUCUCUCUCCCCUCCUUUUGCUUUUCGAGUUAUUUUUUCCGGAUAAUCUGAAAGAAGAAAAAGGAGUUUCUCCUUGGGUGGGGUUUUGUUUUUUGGACGGGGGGGGGGUUAUCCCCCAGGAUGUAUCCACAAGGACGACAUGGUUCUGGACAGCCUUUCAAGUUCUCGGUUUUGGAAAUCUGCGACCGGAUCAAGGAAGAGUUCCAGUUCCUCCAGGCUCAGUAUCACAGCUUGAAGUUGGAAUGUGAGAAGCUGGCUAGCGAAAAGACAGAAAUGCAGAGGCAUUAUGUGAUGUAUUACGAGAUGUCUUACGGAUUGAACAUCGAGAUGCAUAAGCAGGCGGAGAUUGUUAAACGGCUCAGCGCUAUUUGCGCCCAGAUAAUCCCCUUCCUGACUCAAGAGCACCAACAGCAGGUGUUGCAAGCUAUGGAUCGGGCAAAGCAGGUGACAAUGGGUGAGCUGAACAGCAUCAUUGGGCAGCAGCAGCUACAGAACCUGUCCCACCACGCCCCUCCCAUCCCACUGACCCCCCACCCUUCGGGCCCCCAGACCUCCAGCUUAGUCGCAGUCAGCACCACCUCUGGGCUCCUCGCGCUGUCCGGGGUUCUGGCGGCUCAGACGGCGCUGGCGGCGAAGGAGGAAAGGGCAUCUCGGGACUCCGAGAACCACCAAGAACAUGCUUCAAGCCGGAGCGACUCGGCCUCCCCUCCCGAGAGCCUGCAAGGCGAGGAGCCGCUGGACAGCGCAGGAGCAAAGCGCAAACAAGAGGGCAAGGAGGAGGUGAGGCUCUACGAAAGCGAUGGGGAGAGAAGCGACUACAAUUUGGUCGUGGACGAGGACCCUCCUUCCGAACACGGCAGCCCGGCCUGUGCCUCUGCCACGAAGGUCAUUCCGGGACGGAGGGAUCUCCCUGGAAGCCCUGCCUCUCUGCCGUCAAGUAGGAGCGAUACCCCUUUAAAAGCGAAAGAGCAGAGCCCGAAUGACGACAACACUGCCACGUGCAAAUCCGCCAGCCUCUCUCCCCCCCACGAAUCCCUAACCCCUGGCCUCGGCCCCAGCUGUGCCCCUCAACUCCAACAGGUCUCCACUAAGCCAUCCACCACAGAUGCCAUCACCCUCCGAAGCCCCCUGAGCAUGGCCAGUUCAUAUGCUUCGUCCUUCGGGCUAAUGCCCCAAGCCACGCUCAACGGCGAUCUCACUGCUCCACGGUCGUACGUCAGCAUACACCUCUCCCCGCAAAUUAGCGGGACAGUUCUGUACGGACGUUCCCCCAUGGUAGCCUUUGAAUCUCACCCCCACUUACGAGCUUCGACCGCCGCGGCUUCCCUGCCUUCCGUUCCGGGUGGCAAACCAGCGUACUCCUUCCACGUCAGCUCCGACGGGCAGAUGCAGCCGGUGCCCUUCCCGCCCGACGCCCUCAUCGGCUCGGGCAUCCCUCGCCACGCCCGCCAGCUCCACACGCUGACGCACGGGGAGGUGGUCUGCGCCGUCACCAUCAGCAAUUCCACGCAGCACGUCUACACGGGGGGCAAAGGCUGCGUGAAGGUGUGGGACGUGGCCCAGCCGGGUGCCAAGACCCCCGUGGCACAGCUGGAUUGCCUGAACCGGGACAACUACAUCCGGUCGUGCAAGCUCCUCCCAGAUGGGCGGAGCCUGAUUGUGGGCGGGGAGGCCAGCACCCUCUCUAUCUGGGACCUGGCGGCUCCGACUCCCCGGAUCAAAGCGGAACUGACGUCCUCUGCCCCAGCCUGCUACGCCCUCGCCAUCAGCCCCGAUGCCAAGGUCUGCUUUUCCUGCUGCAGUGAUGGCAACAUUGUGGUCUGGGACCUGCAGAACCAGACGAUGGUCAGGCAGUUCCAGGGCCACACGGACGGCGCCAGUUGCAUAGACAUCUCCAAUUACGGCACCAAGCUUUGGACUGGGGGCCUGGACAACACCGUACGGUGCUGGGACCUCCGGGAAGGACGCCAGCUUCAACAGCACGACUUCAGCUCUCAGAUUUUCUCCCUGGGCUACUGCCCCACGGGGGACUGGCUGGCGGUUGGCAUGGAAAGCAGCCACGUCGAGAUCCUUCACGUGACCAAGUCGGAGAAGUACCAGCUCCACCUUCACGAGAGCUGCGUCCUCUCCCUCAAGUUUGCCUCCUGUGGUAGGAAAAUGGUUUAUCAGCACAGGGAAAGAUAAUCUCCUCAACGCCUGGCGGACACCUUACGGUGCAAGCAUAUUCCAGUCCAAAGAGUCGUCUUCAGUGCUGAGCUGCGAUAUCUCGGCCAACGACAAAUUCAUUGUGACAGGAUCGGGAGAUAAGAAAGCCACCGUUUAUGAACUGGUGUACUGAGAAGCAGGAGGAAGGAAGGAAGGAAGAGGGCUUGGUUGUCCUUGAAAUUUUCUUCUUCUUCUUUUUUUGGACCCCACCUCCCUCCACGCAUUGAUGAAGGAACAUGAACUUGACGGACGGAGACUCGGCCCCGGCCAUCCCUCCAGGAAAUCCUAUCCAGCGAUCUACCCUUUUGACGCUGCUUGCCACCUCAUGAGGACUAGGAACCUCCCUUUUUAAAUUAAAAGCAGCGGCGAACAUUCUCAGGAAGCUGCCCUGGAAUCGCAGUUUUGCUCACCCAGAGGUGUCUCCCUGCCACACACACCUCAACAUGAACAAUGGAGAUUCUCCCCUUCCCCACACUCUUAUCGGCAAGCAAGAGAGACCAGCCUCUGCCCUUCUCUACAUCUCCUGCCAGCCCCUUCCGACCAAACACGGACGUUUAAAAGCACCGCCGACUUUUUGCUCUGGUGUGUGCUAAAGAAACCGGCCGUCUUAAAUAGCCCAAUUAAAUGUGUUGGAAAACA